AUGGAUACAGCAACUGGCUUCUUGAUUGAUGGGCCGUUGACGGACGGGUUCAAAUUCCGGAAAGGAACGUUCGAACUGAAGCCGUUUGAGGACAAUGAUGUGGAUAUACGUAUUGAGUCAUGCAGUAUUUGUGGAACGGAUCUGCAUGUGGCUACAGGAGAGUGGAAAGAUCAACUGUAUCCUUUCACAGAGAUUACAGGAACAGUCAUUCGGGUUGGCCCAAAGGUGACUCUUGUUAAGGUUGGCCAACGGGUGGGAGUUGGUGCCCAAGCGUCUUCAUGUGGAGCAUGCAAGCCUUGCCAGUCAGAUAAUGAGACUUAUUGCCAGGACGGCAUUAUCCAUACUGUCGGCUCUAGGUGGCCCGAGAGCGGUAUCGUCAGCCAGGGAGGGCUAUCGUCUCACACCCGUGUGCACGAGAAAUGGGCCUUCCCUAUUCCGGACGGCAUGGACUCUAAGUAUGUGUCGCCGAUGCUCUGCGCGGGAAUUACCGCAUACUCGCCCUUGGUCUCAUAUGGCAACAUCUCCGGAAAGAAGAUCGGAGUGAUUGGUCUUGGUGGAAUAGGGCACUUCGCGGUCCUAUGGGGCAAAGCACUUGGUGCAGAGGUGUGGGUGCUGUCUCGCUCCCGGGCGAAGGAGGAUGCCGCGGUCGCCAUGGGUGCGGAUGGAUUUAUUGCAACUGGAGAGGGAGAGCUCUGGCAUGAGCCGCACCGUGGCGAUUUCACACUCAUCCUCAAUACUGCUAGCUCGGCUACUGAUUUUGAUCUAAGAAAGUAUCUUUCCAUGAUCGACGUCAGGGGCCACUUCAUCAGCGUCGGUAUGCCUGCGGAAGGCGGGUUUACUCUUAGUGCAAUGGAUAUGGUCCUGAACGGGGUGCUGAUUGGGGCCAGCCAUAUUGGAAACAGACGACAGGUGUUGGACAUGCUACAGCUGGCCUCGGAAAAAGGUAUCAAGCCGUGGGUGGAGGAGAUGGAGCUGAACGAGGAAAACCUAAUCCUUGCAAUGAAGAAGAUGAUGGAUAGCAAAGCUCGGUUCCGCAUCACGAUGACCGGCUAUAGUAAAGCGUUCAGCAUUGCAUAG